GCAGCCUAGCGAGACCAGUUGAACACCGGACGACCGAUUGCUAUCCGCCACAAGCGCACCUUCUAUGUUCUUCCUGUAAGUAACAUUUCUUUUAUCAUACGCUUUAUUCCAACAAGAAAAUGCCAGAGACACGGCAAAAUGAGAUUGAGCAGCUCAAAGCCAUGGUGCUAGAGCUUAAAAAACAACUCACUGUUGGUGACGCAUUUAAGCUUCCCGACCCUUUCAAAUAUUUGUCCGAAUUUUCGGGCAAUAAGAAAGAACUUUCAGCAUGGCUGGAAGAGGUCGAAGACCUGUACAAUGACUUUAAAGUCAAAACCGAAAACGGGGGGUUCUCCCUCAGCAGCCUCUAUAUAAGGGCUAUCAAAAAUAAGGUGAAAGGGGAAGCUCGGACGUUACUUUGUGCUAACGGCAACCCGAACACUAUAGACGGUAUCAAAAAGAUUCUCGUCGAACACUAUGGUGACGAAAAAGACUUCACCACGAAUUUAUCAACCCUAUUCCGCACGCGGAAAGGUGAUAAAACCCAUCUUCGUUUUUACAAUGAAAUGAAAGAAACCAACACCAAACUGAAGGCCAAUCUUCAGUCGAGACCCUUAACGGGCCAUGAGAUAAUUGAAAUUAUCACCGUGACCAAAUACUUAGAUAAUAUUCAGGAGCCUUUAAGUUCCAUCAUCCGGAAUUCAAAACUUAAAAACCUAGAAGAAGCAUACCAAGCUGUGUUGCUUAAUCAAAACGCAGAAAUGCGGAUCAAACCACAACCUUACUCGAACCAAAACCAUUCAAAUAAAUUUAAAUCAUUCAAACCGCAAAAUGCACAGGCGGGCAGUUCGCAACAAUUGCAACCCAACACCCCGCAUCCUAACACGGCGCACAAAUAUGCUCCAUUCAAAAAACAGCAAUUCUUACCGAGGCAGCGAGCUGAGGCUAACAAUAAUGAGUUGGAGGAAGUGGAUGAACCCGAUACUCCUGUUGAAGUGAACGAUGACCUAGAAUACUCAGACGAGGAACUAAAUUUUCAGACUGCCAGAGGUGCGAAGAACCAAACAUGA